GCCGCGGGUGUACAUCGGCCGCCUGAGCUACCAGGCCCGGGAGCGCGAUGUGGAGCGCUUCUUUAAGGGCUACGGGAAGAUCCUGGAGGUGGAUCUGAAGAACGGGUGGGGAAAGACCAAGUGCAGACUGAGCUGUGGCCAGCGUUUGCAGACCAGGAAUCCACACUAGCUCUAAUCAGAGAGCUCUUGGUGUGCGGGAACUGCCAGUUUGCCGACGUGAAAAGAGCCCCAGACUGGGUACUGGUGAGCCCUGAAGUCGCACCCCAGCUCUGCCACUCAGUGAGCACGGCAACAUCCCUAAUCCCGACCAGCCAUGGAGAGGUUCGGUUCUUACAAGGAAAAUGAGUGAAUGUGGGAAUGGCUCACCACAUUGGGAAAACAAAACUCACAUCCUGCUGAUGGUUGGCUGAGGACUGUCAUGUCCACAUACAAAGAAAAGCAUGUGGCACAGUUGUAGGACAAAGAUAUGGGUUUGUGGAGUUUGAUGAUCUGCGUGAUGCAGAUGAUGCUGUUUAUGAACUAAACGGCAAAGACCUUUGUGGUGAGCGAGUAAUUGUUGAGCAUGCCCGCGGCCCACGUCGAGACGGCAGUUACGGUUCUGGACGCAGUAAGCAUUUAAAAGGGCAUUUGUAUCGAUGACAUACAUGCCUUUGUUGUUCAAUGUGAAUUUUUUAAAGUAAUUGAUUAAUUAAUGUUACACUGAAAUGUAUUGAUAUUUAAGCCAUUUGUUUUAUAAAUUAUGUAUCUUUUUAAAUGUAAAAUUGCAAAUAAACAUCUUUGAUACUGUUUAAUUUUAAUUUAAUUAAUGACAUAAAGUUCUUGUUUUAAUACUUUUUAAAAUAUGUUUAAUGAUGUGUGUUUGUGUUGUUGUUUUUUUUCUCUGUAAUGCAAUUGUUUAACAUAGAUUUAACAAAGACCUCAAUGUUUUAAUUAAAAGAAUCCUUUGAGGCUAAGAUGACUGCCUGUUCCAUUUGCUGACCUUGGGUUACCUUUCCAUGCGUGGCUCUUUGAACCAUUGUGGCCCUUGGCUGACCAAAACAGGAAGCCAUGUGACGACCGCAACCUUUCCCCAUUAGACCUGGGUGGUGAGGAUCCCAAGGGUUAGACACAGAUGAGAUUAAACUGAAAUAGGUGCCUGAAAAUCUUUUUUUCGUAUAAAAUAUUCACAAAAACUUUAAUCACUGUGAGUAACACCAGUAACUGAUUUAGUAAUUUGGUUACUUAUUUCUAAAUUGUUAAAUUGUUAAUAGUUUUAAUUUAUGCAUGUUAAUUUUAAAUAUAAUAUUAAUGAAUAUAUAUACUUACCACUUCGUAAAUUAAAUUAAAUUUCAUGUUUAGUUGAUUGCUUUUUUAAAAAAAAAUCUAGUUUAGAAUUAAGGGGUGGGGAUAGAACUAAAAUAUAUGUGCUGUGUUGUGGGGUGGGGGUAAAUGGUACACUUCAGGGGAAUAUGUGCUGGGUCACUUUUUCCUUUUCCUCCACUGAAGUCAUGUUAUCUAUUUGAACCUUCCAAAGGUGGAUAUGGUUACAGAAGAAGUGGCCGAGAUAAGUACGGCCCUCCUACCCGCACAGAGUACAGACUUAUCGUGGAGAAUUUGUCAAGUCGGUGCAGCUGGCAAGACCUAAAGGAUUAUAUGCGUCAGGCGGGAGAAGUGACCUAUGCAGAUGCUCACAAGGGCCGUAAAAAUGAAGGGGUGAUUGAAUUUGUGUCUUACUCCGACAUGAAAAGAGCUUUGGAAAAGUUAGAUGGAACUGAAGUCAAUGGCAGAAAAAUCAGAUUAGUCGAAGACAAGCCCGGUUCCAGACGCCGCAGGUCCUAUUCCAGGAGCCGGAGUCACUCCAGGUCUCGUUCCCGGAGCAGACAUUCUCGUAAGAGCAGAAGCCGAAGCGGCAGCAGCAAAAGCAGUCAUUCGAAGAGCAGAUCUCGGUCCAGGUCGGGCUCCCGUUCCCGGAGCAAGAGCCGCAGCCGCAGCCAGAGCCGCAGCCGCAGCAAGAAGGAGAAAAGCCGGAGCCCCAGCAAGGACAAGAGCCGCAGCCGCAGCCGCAGCGCAGACAAGCGCCGCAGCAAGAGUAAAGACCAGGCCGAAGAGAAGAUCCAGAACAGCGACAACGCCGGCAAGUCCAAGAGCCGGAGUCCCAGUCGGCACAAAAGCAAGAGUAAAAGUCGAAGCAGGAGUCAGGAGAGGCGAGCGGAGGAGAAGCGGGCGAGCGUGAGCAGAAGCAGAAGCAAGGAGAAGAGCCGGAGCCAGGAGAAGGGCCUGCACAAGAGCCGCAGCCGCAGCCGCAGCCGCAGCCGCAGCAAAAGCAAGGACAAGAGGAAGGGGAGGAAGAGGAGCAGGGAGGAGAGCCGCAGCCGGAGCCGCAGCCACAGCAAGAGCGAGAGGAGCAGAAAGCGGGGCGGCAAGCGAGACAGCAAGUCGGGCAGCGGCAAGAAGAAGAAGAAGGAGGACGCCGAGCGCUCCCAGUCCAGGUCGCGCUCCCGCUCCGCCUCCAAGGAGCGUGAGCACGCGAAGGCCGAGUCCGGCCCAAGGGAGGGCCGAGGGGAGAGCGCGGAUGCCGGCGCCCAUCAGGAGACCCGGUCCCGGUCGAGGUCCAAUUCCAAGUCCAAACCGAACCCUCCGUCAGAAUCACGCUCCAGAUCAAAGUCCGCUUCAAAAACCCGGUCUCGGUCCAAGUCCAGAUCCAGGUCUGCGUCCAGAUCGCCCUCUCGGUCUAGAUCCAGGUCCCACUCGCGGUCCUAACUGGCUACGACCACAGCUGGAACUCCCCGAGAAGUCUUUUGUACAUGUUUGGUAGCCGUAGCACAAGUGAUCGAAGUAGAACAUACGUCACUGCUGUACAUUUUUAACUCCCCUAAUGGUGUGUCUACAAUUGUUAAAUCUAAGUGCUUCCUCUCCGUAAAGCCUCCUGGCGCCAGGCCUUCCUGCUCGACUGAAAACAAUCUUCUCUUUGAAAACCCCCUUUACUCCUGGCCCACAGUAGAAUAUCCAAAACGCCUCGGCUCUCAGGCCUGGCCUUUCCCACAGGGAGCUCAGUACCUGGAUGGCUUUCAGGCUGGAACGGUGACAUAGGUAGGUACGGUGAGUUCGGCCAUUUUUGCCCUCGAAUUGAUGCCCUUUGAUGUUUGCCAUUUAGUGAAAGUGCUAAGUCUUAAGUUUCCUACCACUUUGGUUUCAUACUUUUGGACUUAACAAAGUUGUGAAUAGCACAGUCGAGGAAAAUUGAUACCUGCAGUAACCCAUAGGAAAUAAACUGUAGAGUUCCAUAUUCUGGUAUUGUGAUUAUAUUGUUUUAUAUUAAAAAAGAAAAGAAAAGAAUUUUUUUUAAUUUUAUUUUUCCCCGUCUUGCAAAGUAUAGUGACCCCUGUUUCCAUUAAAUUUGAAUAAAGACUAUUUUUGCUUGA